CAUACACUGCUCCUGUCCUCUAAACCCUCCUCUAAGCCCCGCUCGCUUUCGUCCUCCGUAUCAAGCGCAGGGGAGAUGGGGGGCUGCGCCACCUCGAGGCUCGGCGGUAGCGGCGAGGAGGACGACCCGGUGGCGCUUUGCCGGGAGCGGAAGCGGCUUCUCAAGGCGGCGGUGGAGCGGCGGUACGCCCUCGCUGCAGCCCACGCCGCUUACGUCCGCUCCCUCAACGCUGUCGCCUCCGCCAUCGACCUCUUCGUCGUCCGCCACUCUGCCCCCACCGCCAUCCUCGUCACCCUUCCCGACGCCGACGUCGACCCGUCCCCUCCCUCCUCCUCCUCCGCCUUCCUUCCCCACACGCCGCGCGAGGCAAAUGCGGAAUCUUUGGAGUGCCCAGGUUCUCUCCCGCUUUCCCCGUCGUCGGAUUCCAGCUCUGAUGAUGACGUAGAGGGCGUGGAAGCGACGGGAGUGGCCGAAGAGCAGGAGGACGGAAGGGGAGGGGAGAUGGGGUUUGGGUACUUCUUCUCGGCCGCGGCGCCAUUGCCGCCGUCCCCGUCCCCGGAGGUGUUCGGGUGGGACUUCUUUAACCCGUUCGACGGAAUGCAAACGACGGUGGAGGCUGUGGCGAUGGUGGGGUCCCUGGACCGGAGCUCAGAUGAGGACUUGAGGCUGGUGAGGGAGGAGGAGGGCAUCCCGGAGCUGGAGGAAGUGGAAGACAGGAAAACGACAGAGGAGAGUGAAAAGGUGGUAGCUUUGGGUGCAGAGGACAAGGGACACUGUGACGGCAGAGUGCAGGUUGAAGUGGCUGGCAGCAGCAGCGGAGGAGGGGAAGAGAAGGGUUUGUCGGUGGCGGAGAUGCAGGGGAGCGGUCGAGAGUUGCUUCAAGCGCUGAGGGAUGUGGAGGAUCACUUCAUCAGGGCUCAUGAUUCCGGCAAAGAGGUCUCAAGGAUGCUGGAGGCCAACAUGGUUCUCCUCCAAUCUGGGCUUGAGGAGAUUAAAGAGAAUUCGUCGAAAAUGAUACAAGCCAUCACAUGGCAUCGGUCUCCUUCGUCGUUAUCUUCAUCCUAUUGGAGUCACCUUGCGUCGAGCUCUAGUAGUACGACAUGGUCGGAAAGUAAGAGUGACCUUUUCGAUGAUUAUGGUGGAAUGGAAUCAGGAAGCCACUCACAGACUCUUGGAAGAUUAUAUGCUUGGGAGAAGAAACUAUAUGAAGAAGUGAAGGCUGGAGAUCAAAUACGGCAGGCAUACGAGAAGAAAUGCUUGCAGCUAAGAAAUCAGAAUGCGAAGGGAGUCGAAUCACGAUCGGUUGACAAGACGAGGGCUGCUGUAAGAGACCUUUAUUCAAGAAUCUGGGUAGCAUUGCGUGCAGUCGAAUCGAUCGCUGAAAGGAUACAGAAAUUGAGGGAUGAAGAAUUGCAGCCGCAGAUCAUUGAGCUUCUACAAGGUCUAAUGGGGUCUUGGAAGGUAAUGCUCGAAUCGCAUGAAGCCCAGAAGCAAAUCAUGUUUGAAGUAAACUUAUUCACGUGCCCUUCUUAUGGAAAAUAUAGCAACGAUUCACAGCGACUUGCCACGCUUACCCUGGUCGCUGAGCUUCAUCACUGGAGGAGAUACUUUAGAGGUUACGUUUCAGCGCAGAAAGCAUAUGUUGAAGCUCUUGAUGGUUGGCUGUCGAAGUUCAUCUUACCUGACAUGGAAUUCUACUCUCGGACUAGAUCCUCACUCUCUCAUAUGGCUAGUGGCCCACCUCUAGUUGUCAUCUGUCACCAGUGGUCGACCUCACUGGGGAAGUUGCGUGACAGUGCCGUAACUUAUAGCAUGAGAAGUUUCGCCAGAACCGUGAGGUUCUUAUCGGUUAAGCAAGUAGAGGAACAACAACAGAAGAAGAAAGUGGAUGCCCUCACUAAGGAGCUCGAACGCAGGGUUCUCGCAUUCCAGAAAGCAGAGGAUAAGGUAUUGGAUCUAAAGCUGUCAGAAAAUGAACCUGAACAUUUAGCCGGUAAGAAAGAGAUGCUCGACAUGCUCAGGAAGAAACUGGAGAUGGAGAAAGAAAAACAUCGCAAUUGCAUGCGGGCGACGCAGGAAGUCACCCUAAACGGAUUCAAGAUAGGCUUGGCCAGUGCCUUUGAGUCACUCACGGAGUUUGCCAAGGAUUCAUUGAAACUCUACGACGAACUACUAUCACGGAAUGAGAAAGCAAAGGCAGCAAUUGAGACGACCGGGAAACCAUCAUUUACGGAGGGCUCUUCCUCCGAGUUGGAGGUCAAUAGCAGAUAGUAAGAUGGUGAAACUUCUUGUCUGGGCUACUUGUGCAGGCUUAAGGGCAACAUUGUGUAGUUGUUUUAGGUGCUCUGGCUGCCCCAGUUUUUGUGGGCCUUGCUAAGAUCCCAGUUGCUAACUUAAGAUCUUAUGUAAGUAGUAGUUAGAUAGUAGGAGCAGGGUUAUUUUGGUGGGCAGCCAUUGUUGUAAGUAUUGUUUGAAUGCUGGAUAGAGUUUUCUAACCCUUUUAGCAUUCGAGUGAAGGUCCGGAGUUUUGUUUGGUCAACACAAUCUGCCUUCUAAUAUAACAUGGCAUAUCAUGUGAGGAGCUGACACUUACAGUAGAGUGUCGAUGGACAGAAGCUUUCUUCUGACA